GCUCAGUAUUGGCAGAAAGAUGUAUCUGAUAAGUGCCUGAGACCCCUGGUGUUUGAAGCUGAAGAGGUCCUGGGGAUGCUCCUCAAGGUAAGACCAAGGAUCGUGAGUGGGUAUUGCCAACAUUUAGUGAGGGGGAGUCAGUGAAGCCUAAUACGGUGUUUAGUUGAUCAGAAUAGGUUAACAAGAAUGGGGCCAAUGAUUAGCUGCCUGGCGAGGUUGUUAAUGUGACAUGCAACAGUAUCAGUCCUACCUUACUGAUAUGGUUCCAGUUGGAGUACUUGAACCUUGUGGUGAAUGUGAUAUUGGAUAUGGAGGGAAGUGAACCGACCAAAGAUUUUUAAAAUUGUGAGAUGAGCAGGGAUGAGACAAGAGAAGAGGCCAAAGGUGAUUAUCAGAGCAGAAAAGGGAGUUUAUUGAGGUUGGAGCCUAUGAUGAGCUCUCUGUCGAGGUUGUUAAUUUACCAGGCAAGAGUGAAUAUCUGUCCUGCCUUCCUCAUAUGGUUCCAGGGGGAGAACCUGAACACGGUGCUGAAUGCGAUAAGGGAGUAAAUGUAUCGAACACACAGGGAGGUAGACUUGCUGGAGAUGUUCAAAAUAGAGACCAGCGGGGAGGAGAGAACACAAGGCCAAAAAAGAACAGCCAACUAGUCAGAACCAAAGACUGCGGAUAGUGGGGUGGAAUUGGUGGAAAAUGCCUACACAGAGGCGGUUUAUUCGAUCAAGACGGAACUAGCAAGAGACCAAUUUAUUCAAGGACUGGUGUCAAGUCACUGGUGGAGGCUGCUUGUGUUUUUCGUCGAUUAGAAAGUGCUCAUAAAUCUUGUCAGGUAGUGGCAACUCUUGAAAGGAAAUUGUCUGCGAAUGUUGUGACAGCUUCAGCAGCGAGUGAAACAAUUUCAUAUGAGAUUCGAGAGCAUAAGGAACUUGAUCUCUCUUUCACUGUAUAUAACAAGGAAAAAUGAACAAGAGCCAAAAAAAGAAUAAAAUAUGCACGAUACAGUGAUACAAAAGGGUCAAACAAUGGUUCACAGCAGCUCAGAAGUAGAAGAUGCAACAAUCAACAGCUACAUAAAUCAGAACGCUAAAAGAUGGUGAUUAACACAGCUUUUAAAUGACUGGGAUCCUUAUCACAUAAUCAAUGGCCAGGCGUAAGCGGUCUCUCAUUUGAUCCCUCCUUUUCAGUUCUAUGUUUCUUGUAUGUAGCAGGAAGAAUUGAAGGGUGAGGGGGUGCUGGCCUAUCACCGCAAGAAACACAUCUGAGUGAUGUGGCAGGGAUGUGCACUCUACAUGGCCUGAACUGAAAGCAUCCUGAGACUCAUAACAGUUCGGGUAACUAAAUGUAAGACAAUUACCGCUUGGCCAAGGAUUGGGUGGUCAGCGCAUAGAAUUGCAUCCCCACUACCCAUUAGUGUGAAUGAAAAUUUUUUUCAGUGUAAGUGCAAAGAUUCAUCGGCUGGAAUGAAAAGCUGAAACCACCCCAACCGGGCAGCACUGUAAUGUAACAAUGUGGUAUGUUUAGCUUCCUGGAAACCUGGCAAGCUCACUUGAAAUCGCCCUCAGAAACAAAGGGGAAACAGAGCUUUUAUGGGCCAGCGGAGGGCCAAGUAGUUCAUGUAAUUCUUGAAGCAGUGGCCCAAGCAUCAGGAUUUGCCAAUAACGAGGUAAUGAAUCCUGCUUUUGUUAAUAACGAAGUAAUGUCAGCAACAUCAGACUCUUCAAUCUAUGUCACAGGAAUUGUGAAUCAGAGUGUGACCUGUAUAUUGCAACACACUUGUGCAACUGCCAGUGUUUUGAACGAGGGAACAUUGGGGAUAACUGGAUUUGUAUCAAAACUGAAGCCAGUAAUUGAAACGCUGACUACAGCAAACAGAAAUGAACUAACCAAAGGUGAUGAGAGGAAAUACUGA